AUGUCUCAGCCGGAGUCAGGGAUCCAGGGAGGUGAUUCGGUAACCCAAACACAAGCAAGGCAAGCAGUAACGUCCGAUGACCCUGCAUAUGCGUACUGUUUUGCCCCAGAUGUGAACAAGAAGUACCAUUUGCAGUGCAAUUUUUGUGACAAGCUAUUGAAAGGUGGAAUUACUAGAAUGAAGUACCAUCUUGCUUGCAUUACUAGCUUCAAUGCUAUUAAAUGUAAGAAGGUUCCAACUGAUGUGAAGGAAGAGAUUAUUGCUUUUCUUACGAAGAAGAGUGGUGACAAGCAAAAGAAGAAGGAUGAAGUGCAAAGGGUUCGAUCUGCAAUUAAUAUAGAGAACUCAGAUGAUGAAAGGGGUAGUGGGGAUGAUUCUGACUUUGAGAGGAAUGAUGUUGUGUUCCUGAAGUCAACAAGAGGCAGUGGGACGAGUAACUCUGGAACUGUGGUAGGUAGUGGCAGUGCCACUAUUGAUAAGUUUUACAAGAAAACAUCUAUAGAAGAGUCUGUUUGCAAUAAUCAAAGGGGAUUCAACGUUAGCCAGAAGGUCCAAUCAAAGUUGUCAACUACGAAAAGAGAAGAGAAAAGGGACAGAGUUUGUGAGUAUAUUUGCCAGUUUUUCUAUGAAGCUAGCAUUCCUCACAACACUGUCACCCUCCCUAGCUUUGCUCAUAUGCUUGAGUCCAUCGGACAAUUUGGCAAGGACUUGAGAGGGCCUAGUCCAUAUGAGAUGAGUGGACCAUUUUUGCAGAAGAGGAAACAAAAGGUGCUGGAUGGAUUCAAGAAUCAUAAGGAAUCAUGGGAGCUCACAGGUUGCACGGUUAUGACUGAUGCAUGGACAGAUAAGAAGGGCAGGGGAGUUAUGAAUUUAGUUGUGCACAGUGCUCAUGGUGUUUGCUUCAUUGAUUCGGUGGACUGCUCCGGUGACAGAAAAGAUGGCAAAUACAUAUUUGACUUGGUGGACAAAUGCAUAGAAGAAAUAGGUGAAGAAAAUGUUGUGCAAGUGGUGACUGAUAAUGCUAGUGUGAAUGUAUCAGCAGCUAGUAUGCUAACAGCAAAGAGACCAUCCAUAUUUUGGAAUGGAUGUGCUGCUCACUGCCUAGAUCUCAUGCUGGAGGAUCUUGGGAAGCUUGGACCAGUUGCAAAAACUAUUUCAAGUGCAAGAGAAGUGACUAGCUUCUUGUAUGCUCAUACAAGGGUAUUGGAUUUGAUGAGGAAAUUUCUUGGGAAGGACUUGGUUCGCUCUGGUGUUCCUCGGUUUGCCACUGCUUACUUAAAUCUGAAAAGUUUGCUAGACAACAAGAAGGAGUUGAUAAGGCUCUUCAGAUCAGAUGAGAUGAAUGAACUAGGUUCAUACUUGACAAAGGCAAAGGGGAAAAAAGCACUCAAAGUGGUGCGAUCUGAAGUUUUUUGGAAACAUGUUGACAUGGCUGUUAAUUUCUUCGAGCCAAUGGCUAAUGUGCUUCGCAGAAUGGAUAGUGAUGUUCCUGCAAUGGUAUUCUUCCAUGGAUUAAUGCUUGAUGCAAAGAAACAUAUUGCUGUGAGGUUUGAUAAUGAUGAGAGCAAGUACAAAGUUGCUUGGGACAUCAUUGAUAAAAGGUGGGACAGCAAGCUCACGACUCCUCUCCACUUGGCUGGCUACUAUUUGAAUCCUCACUAUUAUUACCCAAACAAGUCAGAGAUUGAGCAUGAUGGAUCAUUUAGAGCUGCUGUUAUUACAUGCAUUUGCAAGAUGAUUGAGGACGAAGAAACCCAAGACACUGUAAUUGAAGAACUCAACAUGUAUCAAGACCAGCAAGGAUCUUUCGGCCAUGAGAUUGCUAUAAGGCAAAGGAGAAACAAGAAUUUUAAUCCAGCAAAAUGGUGGCUGAACCAUGGCACCAGCACACCAAAGUUGAGAACUUUGGUUCAUACAAAGAAGCGGAAUAGGCUGCUGCAUGACAUGAUGAGGGAUCUUGUGUUUGUGAAAUUCAACUCUAAACUAAGGAACAAGAGAGAGAACAAAAACAGAGAUCCCAUAGAGAAAGAAGUAGAUGAUGUUCUUGCUGAUUAUGAAAAUGAGUUCAUCACUAGGAAAGAACCAACUGCAGAAGCUGAUGAAGAACAAGAGAAAGCUCAUGAAGAUGCAUCGGAAGAGGAACCAAACAGGGCAUCAUCAUCAUAG